UAUAAUUUCAUUUAAAGAGUUCCAUUUAGCAAUUUUUUUUUACAUUAAUGAUCUCUAUUUUAAGGGUAUUUGCACACUGAUCAUCUCAAGCUUGCUUCUGUUUCUGAGCCUACAAUGGCUGCUGGAUCAUUGCUACUUCAUUCUUCUUCUUCUUCUUCCACCAAGCCUUCUUGCUUCUUGAGCAGAUACCAAUCGAGUUUGAUCGAAUCGAGGACGACCCAGCUCGGGUUACGAGGUAGAGUCCUUGGAAAGCAGGUCAAAUGGGAGAGCUUGAGCUUGUCAUCGAGAGGGAGAGAUCAUGCUUUGAAGAAGAAGGAGAAAGGAGGAGGAGGUGGAGGGGUGGUGGUGAGGUGUACGGCGGAGGGGAUAGAAAGAAGGGUGUUGAUCGGGGAAACAGCGUCGUCCGUGAGGGUGCCGGAGAGGUUCAAGGUGGUGGCUUUGAUGGCCUGCGUCAUGUGUUUGUGUAAUGCUGAUAGAGUCGUAAUGUCAGUCGCCAUCGUUCCUCUCGCUGAUAAGCUUAAUUGGUCAAAUUCUUUCCUUGGCGUUGUUCAGUCAUCUUUUCUCUGGGGGUACAUAUUCUCCUCUGCGAUUGGAGGAGCCUUGGUGGACAAAUAUGGAGGCAAAAAAGUGCUGGCAUGGGGUGUGGCUUUGUGGUCUUUGGCUACCCUUCUCACUCCAUGGGCUGCCAACCACUCAACCAUUGCUCUCUUGGCUAUCCGGGCUUUCUUUGGUCUGGCUGAAGGUGUUGCCCUGCCCUCCAUGAGCACCCUCUUAUCAAGGUGGUUUCCAGGGGAUGAAAGAGCAAGUGCAGUUGGUGUAUCCAUGGCAGGAUUUCAUCUUGGAAAUGUAGUGGGCUUACUUCUGACUCCAAUCUUGUUGUCAUCCAUUGGAAUUUCUGGUCCUUUCAUUCUCUUUUCGUCUCUGGGACUGCUAUGGUUGUCAUCAUGGGUGUACAAAGUUACAAGUGAUCCGAGAGAAAGUCCAUUUGUCAGCAAAUCUGAGCUGCGACUAAUCCAGACUGGGAAAACUCAUCCUCCAGUAAGUACUGGUGAGAGUCCACCUAUACGCCUCAUCUUAUCAAAGUUACCGACAUGGGCAAUCAUAUUUGCUAAUGUAACUAAUAAUUGGGGAUACUUUGUUCUCCUCUCAUGGAUGCCUGUUUAUUUCAGGACAGUGUUCAAUGUGAACUUGAAACAAGCAGCUUGGUUUAGUGCUGUUCCAUGGGGGACAAUGGCAGUUUCAGGUUACAUUGCAGGUGCAGUAUCAGAUUCCCUAAUUAAGGAUGGCUACUCCAUAACAUUAGUCCGAAAGAUCAUGCAGUCUAUAGGCUUCAUUGGCCCUGGGGUGUCACUGCUCUGCCUAAAUUUCGCAAAGUCACCUGCAGUUGCAGCUUUAUUUAUCACAGUAGCGCUGAGCUUCAGUUCUUUCAGCCAAGCUGGUUUUCUUCUCAAUAUGCAAGACAUUGCACCUCAGUAUGCAGGAUUUGUCCACGGCAUAGCAAAUUCAGCAGGGACACUGGCUGCCAUAAUCAGCACCAUUGGAACCGGUUACUUUGUACAGUGGUUAGGAUCUUUCCAGGCAUUCCUCAGUGUCACAGCUGGUCUCUAUUUCAUUACAACCAUUUUCUGGAAUCUGUUUGCUACUGGGGAACGAGUUUUCUAAUCUCGAAGAACAUAAAUCGAUAAAGCAGCAUCUAACAACAAGGCCCAUACUGGGGAUGUGACAGGAAAUCAACAGAAGUUUAAUCAAGCAUUCAAAAAUUUUGGGGGUUAAUCACUUUUAGGCAUGAUUCAUGAAUGGUAUAACAAGUGAAUUUUUUAGUAACCGUACAGUUCAUUCUUUGUUUUGCUUCUGGCAGAAGUGCUUCGUUCUCUUCUUCUCAUUGUACAUUUUUCUCUUUCCCUACCUGAUAUAUUGAUCAGAUAUCACUGCAGAACAUUAAAUUACCAUAUCCAAUCUCGAUAUAUCAAUUUUGAAAGAAGUUAUUUUCUGAA